AUGAAGACGCUGGAGGUGGGCGGAGCUGUGAAGAGCGUGGCGUGGAACCCCAACCCGGCCGUCUGCCUGGUGGCUGUGUGCUUGUAAGUCUCCUCCUCAUACAGUUUAUUUCCACCUAAUGGGUGCUCCAUUCUUUCCUAUGUCCUGAGUUCUCCUCUGUGUCUUCAUCACUGAACAUAGAGUAUACUUUGUAUGUGUUGACAGACCGAAUGAUUUCAUAGUGUAGUUUCAGAGGUUAACCAAUAACCACUGCAACCCGUUUAUAAUUGUUAGUAUGUGGUACUACUGAUGCCGCUGUCAACAAACUUUGAGAGGACUUUUCCGCUUGACUGCCGUGACAUUAUCAUGACUUUAGCAAACUAACUUCUAGAUAACCCUGUAGGUUCCUGUAGUCCAGUGUCACUCUGACUCGCUGUCUCUCUCUCCCUAUCUCUCCCCCUCCCUCCCUCUCUCCCUCAGUGAGAGGACAGUGCUGCUGUUGAACCCAGCUCUGGGAGACAGGCUGGUGGUGAGCUCCACAGACCAGCUGAUUACCUCCUACGAGCCCCCAGAGGAGGACAAGGAGCAGGCUGUUACGUGGGCUCUGUCUGAGGGCCCGGAGCACAACAAGGGCCACCGCCUCACCCUCACCCACCCAAAGGUAAGAGUCCUGAACCUACCCACACCGAUUAACCCUCACCCACCCCAAGGUAAGAGUCCUGAACCUACCCACACAGAUUAACCCUCACCCACCCCAAGGUAAGAGUCCUGAACCUACCCACACAGAUUAACCCUCACCCACCCCAAGGUAAGAGUCCUGAACCUACCCACACAGAUUAACCCUCACCCACCCCAAGGUAAGAGUCCUGAACCUACCCACACAGAUUAACCCUCACCCACCCAAAGGUAAGAGUCCUGAACCUACUCACACAGAUUAACCCUCACCCACCCCAAGGUAAGAGUCCUGAACCUACCCUCACAGACUUAUCCUCACAGGGCUCGACAUUAACACUUGUCCUCUUGUCCAGGAAAAGCAACAAAUAAAUUGUCGGACAAGAAGAAUAUAGAUCUAAGUUCUCCGAAUGGACAAGUAAAAAAAAAUCACACAUCACAAUAUCAAACAAUUACUCUGAUCAGAAUUGGAUCAAAGAGGUCAAUAUUGGAAUAAUACAUAAAUAAAAAAAGCCUACAUUUCAAAGUGUAGGUGAUGUGCCUCCUGUCCAAACCCAGACAUGAGGGAGGCGGCAGAAAAUGUAGCCAAACUUUAAUGAGACUUUUAAUUAUGGCCUACAUAAAUAUAGACUUAACGCCAGUCAUGUUUUACAAAUAUAAUGAAGGAGAAUUAACAUUGACGUCUAAAGGCUUGAUUCUGUCCACAUACUCGAGGCAAUGGUUUGUUCAUAUCAAAUGGUCACAAGACCGGAGCAUAAAAGACAGUACCCACCUUGAAUCUGAUCGGAGGCGGUCAGCAUUUUAAAACGAUUUAAUCAUAAACUUCAUUGUUUAAAACCUGGAUGUUUUAUGUCGUUUUAUGAAGCGUCUUACCUUGUUUCAAAGUAACCUAGCCUAGCCAAAAUACGACCAUAGAAAUGUAGGGAAUUAUUUUAUAAACACUUAACAUGCUAUUGAAACCAGCAUUUUUCUCAUGUUAUAUUGGUUUUCAAACUCAUCGUUAUUUUAUUGUCCAGCAGCCAAAGGCAUAAUCCUAGUCAUAUUAGUGACCCAUGCUAGUUGAUGCAUCUCUAGGUCUCCCCUCUUUCUUAAUUUCUAACUAAUAUUUUCAUCUGUCACAUGAAACCGCUCUUGCGUGUGGUGCGCUUUUGACAACAGUGUUUUCCCGCUACUUGCAUUUUGGAACAUUUGCGUGUAGCCUACAGGCAUGUGCGCAUUGUUGUUUUUACAGUUUUUGAUGUGCAGUGAAUUUUGGAUCUGUCGUCCCAGAACUGUCCCAGGGUCAUAUUUUGUUACUUGAGCUUCCUACUUGUCCGAAGGAAAAGCCCUGCCUCACCCACCCCAAAGUAAGGCCCCGAAACUAUCCCAAUGGCCCCCUCACCCACACCCAUCCCAAGUUAACAGUCCCUAACCCAACUCCCCUUCACUCCCACCCAACCCUUAUCAUGACUACUGUAAAGGUAAAAGGCUAUCCUUAGUACGUCCCGAGGACCCUAUCUAGGGUUUAAGCCACAGGGAACUGAGAAUACCAGAUAGAAAAAUAUUCCAAUGGACAUACUGGGAACCCCCAUGACAUCUUUUUUUGUCUUUACCCCAGUAAACCUUUCUAGUCCAACACAUGAGCUGUAGCUUGGAGGCUUUUCAGGAUUGGCAAAACCAGAGUAGAUUGUGGUUAGCCGUUUUCCUCAAGGCAAUGGAAAGGAAUAUAAGAGCUUUCCAUUUUCCCCCAAUUAAAACAAAUAUAUAUAUUUUUUGUUGUUGUCACAGAUGCACAUGGCAUUUGGAAAGCCUACAGCACUAAUAGUAGCUAAAAUAACUGCAGGGAGAUUUUCAAGUGUCUGGAGAGAUUAUCAUUGGAUUAAUGUACUUUAGCUGUAGUCCUAGAUGGACUAUAAAACAUGUAUUAUAAUGUGUUACUAUAAUAGUAGUGUAUAGUUAGUAGUAAUAUCUCCAUCUCCCCCCUCCUUUCUAAUUUUCUUCCCCUCCCUCCCUCCCUCCGUCCUCCAGGCAGUGAAGCAGGUAGUGUGGCACGGUAAGGGUGAAUACCUGGCCAGCGUCAUGCCUGACAACAGCAGCAACCUGCAGGUGCUGAUCCACCAGGUGAGCAAGCGGCGGACGCAGAACCCCUUCCGUAAGAACAAGGGCCUGGUGCAGUGCGUCUCCUUCCACCCCCUGCGGCCCUACUUCUUCGUGGCCACGCAGCGCUCCGUGCGCGUCUACAACCUCAUCAAGCAAGAGCUGACCAAGAAGCUGAUGGCCAACUGCAAGUGGAUCUCCAGCAUGGCCAUUCACCCUGGAGGUUAGUGCAGCGCCAGAGGUCACAGGUCCCCCCCUCAGACAAGACCGUAUGAUGUACUGUAAAAGGGUGUGGAGAGAAGGCGAAAUGCACUUUCAAUAAAGUUUGAUUUGAUGUUCAUUCUCGAGGAGAGAAUGAGUAGAGAAGUCCGAUAUGUGUUGAAUAUCUGGACCACCUUCAUAUUGGAUCAAAUUGUAUAAAUAUGUUUUGCUCUAUGGCUACUUAGUUAGAGAAUCCAGGAUAUUUAGUUGUUCUGACCCGUCUCUGAAUCUCCCUCCUUAAUGUUCCUGGUCAGGUGAUAACCUGAUCUGUGGCAGCUAUGACUGCAGACUGGCCUGGUUUGAUCUGGACCUCUCCACCAAACCCUACAAGAUGCUGCGGUGAGUGAACAUUUGUAAUUAUUGACAGUGAAUAAUAGUUUUUGACCAUGGGUUAUUGUUAAAUGAUGGUUAUUCAUAAGAUUAGUGUUUUAUUGGAUCUGAAGUCUUUUGUCUAUUUUAUCCCAGGCACCACAAGAAGGCUUUGAGGGGCGUGGCCUAUCACAAACACUACCCCCUAUUCGCCUCUGGUGCUGAUGACGGCAGUGUGAUCGUCUGUCACGGCAUGGUCUACAAGUAAGUCACCUCAGCCCAUCAAUACAAUAUUACAUCUUCCCUUCUCUCUCUCUCUCUCUCUGUCUCUCUCUCACUUCUCUCUUCUGUCUCUCUUCUGUCUCUUCCUCUAUUCUGUCUCAUGUGUAUAACCACCAGCUUUUCCUAUUUUUUGUUUUGUUUUAUUUUCUCUCUCUCUCUCUCUCUCUCUCUCACUCUCACUCUCACUCUCUCACACACACACACACACACACACACACACACACACACACACACACACACACACACAAUAUCUCUGAACCCAUUUUGGGCUGUCCUCCAUCACAUAUAGAGCCACUUAGGUUAUAAAAAAUCUCUGAGAAAGGGUAAUGAAGCGUGUACAGUUGAGGGCAAAACAUCUCAGGAUCCAACCCCUUCAUCAGUCUCCAUCUAAUAGAUAUCUUUAUGUUACAACCAAAUAUGUUAUUUUUGCCCCUGCGUUCCGUUUCCAACUCACCAAAAUGUUGAUGCCUAUUCUACAAACCAUGUUUCCUGUAUUGUACGUUUCAUUUCGACAGUAUAACCCUCAAUGGCAUUUGAAUGAAGAAAAAAUAACUUUAGAAAAUUGUCUGCCGUGUUCUGAUGUCAUAACAUAUCUCUCUAUUGCUCUCUCUAUCCAUCUUUCUCCCUCCCUCACUCUUUCCCUCUUCCCCUACCUCUCUCUCUCUCUCUCUCUCUCGCUCUCUCGCUCUGUCUGUCUCUCUUCCUCUCACAGUGACCUGCUCCAGAACCCUCUCAUUGUUCCAGUUAAGGUACUGAAGGGUCACCAGAUAACCCACGACCUGGGGGUCCUAGACGUGACCUUCCACCCCACCCAGCCCUGGGUGUUUUCCUCAGGGGCUGACGCCACCAUCCGCCUCUUCACCUAACCAUCUCUACUGUCACCUUGGUUACGUCAAAUUACACCCUAUUCCCUAUAUAGUGCACUUCUGUAACCACAGUAGUUUGACAAAAGCGGUGCACUAUAUAGGGAAUAAGGAUACCUCGGUUACAUCUCAAAUGGCACCCUAUUCCCUACAUAGUGCACUACUUUUGAACAGGGCCCCUAUGUGGGUAGAGCACUAUGUAGGGAACAGGGUGUCAUUUGAGCCAGAGACCAUAUUGAAGUACCUGACCACAGCUUGUUUUAACCUGCAGCCUCACCUGAAAAACAAAUGAUGACCAACAGAGGCUGAUUUUGAGAUAUGUGUGUAUUUAAGAUGCUUCCCAGACUCCUCCUCUGUCCUCUGACAGCUAUGUCUCAGGGAAGAAUCAAAUCAAGUGCCUGAUAUCCUCAUGUUUAGUAGCCAUGUGAGUAUUUGUCCAAGCUAAGAGAACACCAAACACCAACCACACAGCCAUAAUCUCUCUCUCUCCUCAGUGAAACUGAGACAGUAAAAACAUGUCGAAUCUGGACUGGGCAGGAAAGCCCAUUUCCGUCUCUGUAGCUGUUCUGUGCAGCUGCCUCGUACCAGCGCAUAAGAGUCGAACCACUAAUGCUUGGACAUUUCAGACAGCCCCCGUGACAAAAUAUACUGUAUGUCCAGAGAUGGAGCUUGCCAAUAGAAACAACUGUGAAGAACAAAGCUGUUGUGGGCCCCCAGAAGGCCCCUGUCCUAUAAGUAAAUGUGUAAAUCUCUCUCCGAGUCGCUCUUUGAGUGUACGCAAUGGAUGUCCAGUUGAGAUUCUGCAGGACUACGGUCAAUGACAUUAUACACUAGGGUAGUGAUGUUUGAGCCCUUUUUAAACUCGCUUGAAUUGUAAAACCUUCUCUGACUGCUUUUCACGACAACUUUGUCUGUCUGCUACGAGUAUUUCUUUUAAAUUAAAACUGGUGUUCCCUGAGGCGUCUGAAGUGUGUUUUGUUUGGGUCUCGCUCUUCCUUCUCUUUUGCGUCGGCGGCCGGCGGGUCAGGGAGGGUGAACUCAAAACCUCUGAAAUAUAUGCAACCAGGGAUGUGGGUUUUCCUUUCCUUUCCUCCUCAGCUCAGCCCCAGACGAGAGCCAUCACAAAGUGGUGGAUUAUGUAUCGUUCUCUGUCAAGUCAAGGCAGGGCCGUGCUGUGCUACGCUGUACACCUGUGGCUCCCUCCCUCUCUCUCACACAGCGCUCUAUCAGUGUCUUUGUCCCAAAUGGCACCCUAUUCCCUAUGUAGUGCACUACUUUUGACAAAUGGCCCAUAGGGCUCUGGUCAAAAGUAGUGCACUAUAUAGGGAAUAGGGUGCCAUUUGGGUGUGUCCGUCUCAGUCCAGUGGGAUACAGUGUACUGCACUGCUGUCUGAGCUGGGUAGACAGACAUGGCUUCACUGUACAUGGUCACAAAAGGUUUCUGGCUCAGAAAGACAAUGUUUCUAGCUAUGGUCUGACUCUGAAAGCGUUGUAAAUUAAAUUCGAUUUGAGGUAAUUUUGACAUUGUCUUCAAAGCAAUGCUAUAUCCGAUGUUGUAGAUUACAAUACGAACGAUGACAACAGUGACCUUGAGGGAACUAAGUAUACAGUGCGGCUGAGUGAUACGCAUUUUCUAGAAAAGUCUGUAUGUUAUAGCCUAGGUCCGAGAUAUUUGUACCUCAGCUGUUGGAGUCGUCUCAACUGUUGAAGUGUUUUAUGUUAUUUAUCACAAUGUAUGGCCAUGAAUCAGAUGCCAGGUCAUUUAUAAAUCAUCUAGCAUUUCUAGCAAUUAACCCUACAUUUACUCUUACACCUAAUCAGUUGGUUUUUGGAAUAUCCUCUCUUCCCAGUUUGUGGGUUAGGUUUGCUCUCGUGGAUUGAUUUGGCCAAUAUUGUGCCAGGAUUUUGUAUUGAAAUCAAAUGACACUCAUACUAGUCAUUGGCCAAUAUAUGCUAAUAUUCAAAGAGUUGAUUGAUCCGUAUGACUUUUAACACACUUGGCAUGUUCACGAUGGGGAGUAGGCUUUUAAUGGGUUUGGGAAUACAAUGCAUUUGGUUAACUUCAAACCACUUGUCUACUGUUGCUCUGACAGAUGGCAGAUUGUUUCUUCACUGAACACCAUUUAUACAUAUAGAAUUACUCAGGUGGUCUUGAAAUCAACUCUCAAUAGGGUCAAAAUGGAAAUAAAUAAAAGCCAACUACUUUAAACCACAAAACAGUUUGACAGGACCAAAAAAAGGUUGUUUUUCUAGUGUUACAUUGGAGGAAGUUUCUCCAUUCCCUUUGUCAAGGAAGGCAUGCUAAAGUGAUGGAAAACCUAAGCUGCUGCCACUAAAGCCCAUUCAGAGGGCAGUGACAUUAGCUUCCCCCUGAAGCUGACGGGGAACAAAAAAUUAGAAGAUAUAUUUAAGGAGCAGUCCUAGUAAGUAUGGAAGUGCUUUGAUACUGCAUACAUGCAUGAGAUUGGUGAACAACUCCAAUGCCUCAUAAGGUAUAUUUUACUGUCUCUCCCUCACCAUUUAAUCUGUUUCCGCUCUUGAAUUUCCGCUUUCAAAAAAAGCAAAGCAGGAAAAUGUUGGGCUUAGUUAGCAUUACCACAUUUGAUCAAUUAACACCGGCAGUAGCCAGGGAAACCAUUCUAUUGAUUGCAGCUGCCCCCCAUUUUGAAGUCCCGUUUUUCCCAGCUCUCCCAAGCCGUACCGGGACAGAGGAAAUGGACGCGCAUACAUUUUUAAAAAAGCAUUGCAAAGGGUUUGGUCCCAUACAUGAUGUAAGAAAACCUGAGGGUUUCACAAAAACCAUUAGAUUGGCAGUAGGCCACACAGGCUCAGUCAGAGCGGAUGAGUAUUUCUGAUGUUGUAAUAAAUUAGCUGACGGGUAGGGCCUCCCGAGUGGCGCAGCGGUCUAAGGCACAACCUUCGCCUCCCAAGUCCGUAGGGGAGUUGCAGCGAUGGGACAAGACUGUAACCACCAAUUGGAUAUCACGAAAUUGGGGAGAAAAAGGGGUUAAAAUAAAACAUUAGCUGACGGGUUGCCAGUACCCCGGAGAGAAGUGAAACCCUGUAAGGACGUCAGACCAGGCAGGUCCUCUAGACUCGGACUGAGACUGGGCUCGGCGGGACCGACCGACCUCGACAUGUUCUCAAUCAAAACUGAAAAUGGCACGAGAAAAAUUCCAAAAGAAAACCUCUCUGUCUGAAACUCGGAGAUCACGUUAUAAGGUCUUAAGCCUUUUAAUGACUUUCUCCUCUGUUCCUCUGACUGGCCACCGCCACACCACCUUCAACUCUGCCCGGGGGCCCCACUGUCACACACUCUUUGAGCCCUGCCCAUGGUCCCCACCGUUACACUCACACAUACUCUGAGCCCUGCCCAGGGGCCCCACCGUUACACUCACACAUACUCUGAGCCCUGCCCAGGGGCCCCACCGUUACACUCACACAUACUCUGAGCCCUGCCCAGGGGCCCCACCGUUACACUCACACGUAUUCUGAGCCCUGCCCAGGGGCCCCACCGUUACACUCACACAUACUCUGAGCCCUGCCCAGGGGCCCCACUGCCACAGAGCUUUGAACCCAGCCCUGCCUGCAUGGGCGCCCCACCAAGGGCCUCCAUUGUAAAUGUGUUGUCAUGGACCAUUAUUAUGUGUGUGUGUGUGUAUGUGUGUUGUGUUGUAUGUGGGUUCCUAUGUAAGAUAAAUGCCCCUGUGUGUCUCUGUGUAGUUCUGCCAUUACGGUUCUACUCCGAUUCUGUGGAAGACUUCAGACCGUGGCACUGAAGCAGUUUGAAAAGCACAGGCUGUUUAGAGAGGCCUUGGAUGUCUGUUACUGUGUGUCUCGCCCACAACACUGAACUGAGAGUGUGUGUAGCUGCGGUUGUCCUGUCAGUGAAACCCAAUAACACUCCCAUUGCAUCACUCUGAAUAGUUUGAAAAGAAAUUGCUGCAGUCCUGGCAGACGAGUGUUUCCAUCGCUUUUUCUUGCCUUCUUCUCUUCCUCCCGUUCUGUAUUUUUCACCCUCAGGGAGCAUGGUCAAAACAAACAGCAAAUAUGCGGUCGGUGUAGAGAAACUGGGCUUGGGGAAGGUCACAUUCCAGGAUAAGUGGAAAACAUUAGAGCCCCAUUCUCUCCUGCCUGUGUUUUUGAAGCUCCUAGAGACCUCGCUUCCACAAAGUUAAUUUUGGAACAUAGUGGCUCUGGGGGCUGGUUUCCCCAAUGGGCUCUCUUGGUUUUCUGUGAUUGUCAGCAGCUUUGGACGAGGCUGCCCCUGUGUGGGUAUUCCACUGCUGGCUACCAUUCAGACUAACUAAGGAACACUGGUUGUGGUGUAAUAUUACGGUGUCAUAAUGAGCUAGUUUUGGAAUUCACGUCUUCACUACGAAGUGGUUUACAUUGAACAGGCAAGAUUUGUGGCGUCUGUGUAAUGAUGUUGAUGUACAAUGUGGUGAUUUGUAGUUAUUGGGGUGUUUUUAGUGGCUUCGUUCUCUCACUGAGGUAGCCAGCGACGAUGAGGGACGCACGUACGUGACAGGAAGAGAAAUAUGAGCUAAAAAUGCAGAAAGGAGAGAGAGAAAGCAAAAGGGGGGUUCAAAUCCAGAUCUUUAAGAGCCUUUUGCUUUUCAAACAUUGAGUCACUCCAAACGGUAGCAGCCAAACAAAUUAUUGACAUUACGAGGGCACAUUCAUAUUUUCCUCACAUUUGAUGUUCGUGGCCCUGUUGUUUUUUACUUAAUCAAGUCCACCGCUAAGAGAUGAGGUUUUCCUUUUGGAAUCUCUAGGAUUGGAACUAUGAGCCACUUUUGGUUUUGAAUGGUUUUUUGGUGAGCCUCACAUUUCUUCCCCUUUGGGUUUUUUUUUACCAGAGGUCUGCGAUGACAUACGCCACACUCAGCUAGGCCCUAUUGGUACAAUAUGUAUGAACCAUACAGGGUCCUGUUGAGUCCUUUAAUAAUAGCACCCACUCGCCUCAAUAAAAUAACUAUUUAGCUGCUGUACCAGCGACUGAGUUUUGUUAACUUAGACGGACACAUUUGAUCACAGAUUCUGCCCUAAAAUGGACCUCAUCUAUCAUGUGUCCCUGGACCCUCAUACACAAAUCUCAUAGAGGGAUGGGACAUACACACACACAGGUUGAUCUUGUCUUUCCCAGAGGCUUGGGGACACAAUAGUCGACAGACAGACAGACAGACAGUGAGAGGUACACAGAGCUCUGAGGGUCAGGCCAGCGUACUGUAGGCCAGGCCAAGGCGUUCUCUUUCACAGAUCUUCAAUAUUGUUUUGUCUGUCUGUCCUUUCCCUCGCUGACAAUGGAGCCCUUCUUCCACUUUGAAGACUUUGGCAGAUGUAGCGCCAAAAACAUUCCUGUGCUAUUUUCUUUCUCUCUCCUUAGGGCGGGAGGGGUUACUAAAUAGCAUACGAGGAGAACCAAAGCCCCCACAGGCAGUUGAAACGGGGCAUCUUUCAUCGAGAGAGAGAGCGGCCAGAUUUGAUACUCAUUGACCCCAAUUUGCGGCACCUGCAAAAUUCAAACUUUUUGGAGUUUACAGUCUUUUAAUUGGAGGGAAAACAGCACUGUGAACUCUUGGCAGUUGGCUUAAUUUAGAUCUGUUACAAAUUACCCCUAAAUCGGGGGAACCUUUUUUCUUUUUCUUUUUUUUACAUCUGCUGGCUGCACAUGUCCUUACUACAGCCCAAUGACAUCAUGGUGUUCCAGCCAUACAGACGGUGGUGGAAGUAAACCACAGUGAAAUUUUGUUGCCUGAGCUAAUUUAAAGAAAAGUAAAUGGCCAUUCUCUGGUUACUUUAAGCACCACUUUUGAUAUGGAGGAGGGUUGGCUUUGAAGGGCAGGCCAGGCCCAAGCUGACGCAGCAGUGUCCUGCCCUCCGCGUGCGAAUAACAAGGGCCUGGCGGCACCCAGCAGCAGUCUUUUAUUAUCUGGACACAGAGAACUUCUUCCAGGGGAGAGGGGGGGAGCACAGCCGAGGUGUGGUGGACAGAAUGAGAGGGAGAGGGAGGGAGGCAGCUAGGGAGACAUUCACACCUACACUGGCAUUCGUCAGGCUGUUUUCGUGUGUGUGUAUGUGUAUAACUCAACAGGGUUUCAGAUCGUUUUUAUGUGUUUCCUAUACGGUAGCAAAUCUGCUAUUGCACUGCAGGCCUAUAUCUGUCCCAUAUGUACAGUGCAUUCGGAAAGUAUUCAGACCCCUUGACUUUUUCCACAUUUUGUUACGUUACGGCCUUAUUCUGAAAUGAAUUAAAUACUUUAUUUUCCCCACACAAUAACCCAUAAUGACGAAGCAAUAAUUUUUUUUUUAUGUUUACAGAUAAAAAACAGAAAUACCUUAUUUACAUAAGUAUUCGAAAUUGAGCUCAGGUGCACCCUGUUUCCAUUGAUCAUCCUUGAGAUGGUUCUACAACUUGAUUGGAGUCCACCUGUGGUAAAUUCAAUUGAUUGGACAUGAUUUGUAAAGGCACACACCUGUGCAAAAGUAUUCAUCCCCCUUGGCGUUUUUCCUAUUUUGUUGCAUUACAACCUGUAAUUGAAAUAGAUUUUUAUUUGAAUUUUAUGUAAUGGACAUGCACAAAAUAGUCCAAAUUGGUGAAGUGAAAUGAAAAAAAAUAACUUGUUUCAAAAAAUUAUUUAAAAAUAAAUAACGGAAAAGUGGUGCGUGCAUAUGUAUUUAACCCCCUUUGCUAUGAAGCCCCUAAAUAAGAUCUGGUGCAACCAAUUACCUUCAGAACUCACAUAUAAUUCGUUUUAAAAAGUCCACCUGUGUGCAAUCUAAGUGUCACAUGAUCUGUCACAUGAUCUCAGUAUAUAUACACCUGUUCUGAAAGGCCCCAGAGUCUGCAACACCACUAAGCAAGGGGCACCACCAAGCAAGCGGCACCAUGGAGACCAAGGAGCUCUUCAAACAGGUCAGGGACAAAGUUGUGGAGAAGUACAGAUCAGAGUUGGAUUAUAAAAAAAUAUCUGAAACUUUGAACAUCCCACGGAGCACCAUUAAAUCAAUUAUUUAAAAAUGGAAAGAAUAUGGCACCACAACAAACCUGCCAAGAGAGGGCCGCCCACCAAAACUCACGGACCAGGCAAGGAGGGCAUUAAUCAGAGAGGCAACAAAGAGACCAAAGAUAACCCUGAAGGAGCUGCAAAGCUCCACAGCGGAGAUUGGAGUAUCUAUCCGUAGGACCACUUUAAGCCGUACACUCCACAGAGCUGGGAUUUACGGAAGAGUGGCCAGAAAAAAGCCAUUUGCACCUUUGGUGUUCGCCAAAAGACAUGUGGGAGACUCCCCAAACAUAUGGAAGAAGGUACUCUGGUCAGAUAAGACUAAAAUUGAGCUUUUUGGCCAUGUCUGGCGCAAACCCAACACCUCUCAUCACCCCGAGAACACCAUCCCCACAGUGAAGCAUGGUGGUGGCAGCAUCAUGCUGUGGGGAUGUUUUUCAGUGGCAGGGACUGGGAGACUAGUCAGGAUCGAGGGAAAGAUGAACGGAGCAAAGUACAGAGAGAUCCUUGAUGAAAACCUGCUCCAGAGCGCUCAGGACCUCAGACUGGGGGCGAAGGUUCACCUUCCAACAGGACAACGACCCUAAGCACACAGCCAAGACAACGCAGGAGUGACUUCGGGACAAGUCUCUGAAUGUCCUUGAGUGGCCCAGCCAGAGCCCAGACUUGAACCCGAUCUAACAUCUCUGGAGAGACCUGAAAUAGCUGUGCAGCAACACUCCCCAUACAACCUGACAGAGCUUGAGAGGAUCUGCAGAGAAGAAUGGGAGAAACUCCCCAAGUACAGGUGUGCCAAGCUUGUAGCGUCAUACCCAAGAAGACUCAAGGCUGUAAUCACUGCCAAAGGUGAUUCAACAAUGUACUGAGUAAAGGGUCUGAAUACUUAUGUAAAUGUGAUAUUUCCAUUUUCUAUUUUUAAUACAUUCGAAGAAUUUCUAAAAACCUGUUUUUGAUUUGUCAUUAUUGGGGUAUUGUGUGUAGAUUGAGGGGAAAAAAUCAAUUUAAUCAAUUUUAGAAUAAGGAUGUAAUGUAACAAAAUGUGGAAAAAGUAAAUGGGUCUGAAUACUUUCUGAAUGCACUGUACGUACUGUUUCCAAAGUGUAUUUUGUUAAUUUAAAAAAAGAUGGAACCACACUUUUACUUCAAUUUUUACUAUGUCAAAUUGUCUCCCCCCCCCCUUACUCAAAAUAUGGAGCUGUCACUAGAUCCUAUCUAUGGGGUUGUUUUGAAACCUUGAUUGUUUUUAUCUCAGUGAAAUGAUGUAACUUUGAGUAAUAACCUGAUUGUCACAGAUUGAUAACACAUGUGAACUAUUGUGGCGGAUUAAAACGGGUAGAGUACAGUUCACCUCUUCUAGCUCUUUCCUCAUAUCUUAAAGGCAGGAACAGGGAGGGCUGUUACAGUCUGGGUUGUGGCUUUAGGGGAGUAUUAGGAGUUAGCUGGAGUAUUAGCCAAAUGACAACGAUAAAAAUACCUCGGUACCCACUACUGGGCACGCUCCCUCUAUGACGGCCGUGAUUCUUCCGUAAAUUGACAUCGGCAUCUCUCUCAAAACAGGAUGUGGGUAGCUAUAGCCCUCAUGAAUCCGGCAGAUGACCAGUUUUCACCAGGCAGCUCUUAUAUGGCUCUGUGUGUAGCAGCAGCCUGCAGCCUGGUUGGGUCCCAUUCAUGUUGUCCCAGGCUGCGUCCUAAUUCUCCACCCUUCACCCUUCACUCCUCUCUUAGAUGUCAAAGCAUUGGAUUAGUGUAAUAAUUGGCUGGAAGGGGUUUCAAAUCCACAAGAAGAAGUGCACAUGUUGUGAUGCAGGUGGAGAAUCGGGACGGAGCCCCAGAUUACAUCCCAAAUGGCCCCCUAUUCCCUAUCGUGGUCAAAAGUUUUGAGAAUGACACAAAUACUAAUUUUCACAAAGUCUGCUGCCUCAGUUUUGAUGAUGGCAAUUUGCAUACAGUGGGGGGGAAAAGUAUUUAGUCAGCCACCAAUUGUGCAUGUUCUCCCACUUAAAAAUAUGAGAGAGGCCUGUAAUUUUCAUCAUAGGUACACGUCAACUAUGAGCGACAAAUUGAGGAAAACAUUGUAGGAUUUUUAAUUAAUUUAUUUGCAAAUUAUGGUGGAAAAUAAGUAUUUGGUCACCUACAAACAAGCAAGAUUUCUGGCUCUCACAGACCUGUAACUUAUUCUUUAAGAGGCUCCUCUGUCCUCCACUCGUUACCUGUAUUAAUGGCACCUGUUUGAACUUGUUAUCAGUAUAAAAGACACCUGUCCACAACCUCAAACAGUCACACUCCAAACUCCACUAUGGCCAAGACCAAAGUGCUGUCAAAGGACACCAGAAACAAAAUUGUAGACCUGCACCAGGCUGGGAAGACUGAAUCUGCAAUAGGUAAGCAGCUUGGUUUGAAGAAAUCAACUGUGGGAGCAAUUAUUAGGAAAUGGAAGACAUACAAGACCACUGAUAAUCUCCCUCGAUCUGGGGCUCCACGCAAGAUCUCACCCCGUGGGGUCAAAAUGAUCACAAGAACGGUGAGCAAAAUUCCCAGAACCACACGGGGGGACCUAGUGAAUGACCUGCAGAGAGCUGGGACCAAAUUAACAAAGCCUACCAUCAGUAACACACUACGCCGCCAGGGACUCAAAUCCUACAGUGCCAGACGUAACCCCCUGCUUAAGCCAGUACAUGUCCAGGCCCGUCUGAAGUUUGCUAGAGUGCAUUUGGAUGAUCCAGAAGAGGAUUGGGAGAAUGUCAUAUGGUCAGAUGAAACCAAAAUAGAACUUUUUGGUAAAAACUCAACUCGUCGUGUUUGGAGGACAAAGAAUGCUGAGUUGCAUCCAAAGAACACCAUACCUACUGUGAAGCAUGGGGGUGGAAACAUCAUGCUUUGGGGCAGUUUUUCUGCAAAGGGACCAGGACGACUGAUCCGUGUAAAGGAAAGAAUGAAUGGGGCCAUGUAUCGUGAGAUUUUGAGUGAAAACCUCCUUCCAUCAGCAAGGGCAUUGAAGAUGAAACGUGGCUGGGUCUUUCAGCGUGACAAUGAUCCCAAACACACCGCCCGGGCAACGAAGGAGUGGCUUCGUAAGAAGCAUUUCAAGGGCCUGGAGUGGCCUAGCCAGUCUCCAGAUCUCAACCCCAUAGAAAAUCUUUGGAGGGAGUUGAAAGUCCGUGUUGCCCAGCGACAGCCCCAAAACAUCACUGCUCUAGAGGAGAUCUGCAUGGGGGAAUGGGCUAAAAUACCAGCAACAGUAUGUGAAAACCUUGUGAAGACUUACAGAAAACGUUUGACCUGUGUCACUGCCAACAAAGGGUAUAUAACAAAGUAUUGAGAAACUUUUGUUAUUGACCAAAUACUUAUUUUCCACCAUAAUUUGCAAAUAAAUUCAUUAAAAAUCCUACAAUGUGAUUUUCUGGAUUUUUUUUCCUCAUUUUGUCUGUCAUAGUUGACGUGUACAUCCGAUCCUCGUUUGUUAAGUCUAAUGACACUGCUGGUCCUGCUCACACUGCCCUACCCUAUGCUUUGACUUCUUUCUCCCCUCUCUCUCCAGAUAAAAUCCUGCGACUUGUGACUGCAGGCCGCCCAACAACCUGCCCGCUUGACCCCAUCCCCUCCUCCCUUCUCCAGACCAUCUCCGGUGACCUUCUCCCCUACCUCACCUCGCUGAUCAACUCAUCCUUGACCGCUGGCCAUGUCCCUUCCGUCUUCAAGAGAGCGAGAGUUGCUCCCCUUCUCAAAAAACCAACACUCGACCCCACUGAUGUCAACAACUACAGACCAGUAUCCCUUCUUUCUUUUCUUUCCAAAACUAUUGAGCGUGCCGUCUUUAGCCAACUCUCUUGCUAUCUCUCUCAGAAUGACCUUCUUGAUCCAAACCAAUCAGGUUUCAGGACUGGUCAUUCAACUGAGACUGCUCUUCUCUGUGUCACGGAGACUCUCCGCACUGCUAAAGCUAACUCUCUCUCCUCUGCUCUUGUCCUUCUAGACCUGUCUGCUGCCUUUGAUACUGUGAACCAUCAGAUCCUCCUCUCCACCCUCUCCGAGCUGGGCAUCUCCGGCGCGGCUCACUCCUGGAUUGCGUCCUACCUGACCGGUCGCUCCUACCAAGUGGCGUGGCGAGAAGCUGUCUCCGCACCACGUGCUCUCACCACUGGUGUCCCCCAGGGCUCAGUUCUAGGCCCUCUCCUUUUCUCCCUAUACACCAAGUCACUUGGCUCUGUCAUAUCCUCACAUGGCCUUUCCUAUCAUUGCUACGCUGACGAUACACAACUAAUCUUCUCCUUUCCCCCUUCUGAUAACCAGGUGGCGAAUCGCAUCUCUGCAUGUCUGGCAGACAUAUCAGUAUGGAUGACGGAUCACCACCUCAAGCUGAACCCUGGCAAGACGGAGCUGCUCUUCCUCCCGGGGAAGGACUGCCCGUUCCGUGAUCUCGCCAUCACGGUUGACAACUCCGCUGUGUCCUCCUCCCAGAGUGCGAAGAGCCUAGGCGUGACCCUGGACAACACCCUGUCGUUCUCCGCCAACAUCAAGGCGGUGACCCGCUCCUGCAGGUUCAUGCUCUACAACAUUCGGAGAGUACGACCCUGCCUUACACAGGAAGCGGCACAGGUCCUAAUCCAGGCACUUGUCAUCUCCCGUCUGGACUACUGCAACUCGCUGUUGGCUGGCCUCCCUGCCUGUGCCAUUAAACCCCUACAACUCAUCCAGAAUGCCGCAGCCCGUCUGGUGUUCAACCUUCCCAAGUUCUCUCACGUCACCCCCCUCCUCCGCACACUCCACUAGCUUCCAGUUGAAGCUCGCAUCCGCUACAAGACCAUGGUGCUUGCCUAUGGAGCAGUGAGGGGAACGGCACCUCUGUACCUUCAGGCUCUGAUCAGUCCCUACACCCAAACGAGGGCAUUGCGUUCAUCCACCUCUGGCCUGCUGGCUCCCCUUCCUCUGCGGAAGCAUAGCUCCCGCUCAGCCCAGUCAAAACUGUUCGCUGCUCUGGCACCCCAAUGGUGGAACAAGCUCCCUCACGACGCCAGGACAGCGGAGUCACUCACCACCUUCCGGAGACAUUUGAAACCCCACCUCUUUAAGGAAUACCUGGGAUAGGAUAAAGUAAUCCUUCUAACCCCCCCCCCCCCCCAAAUUGUAAAGUGGUUAUCCCACUGGCUAUAGGGUGAACGCACCAAUUUGUGAGUCGCUCUGGCUAAGAGCGUCUGCUAAAUGACGUUAAUGUGCCCUUGAGCAAGGCACUUAACCCUAAUUGCUCCUGUAAGUCGCUCUGGAUAAGAGCGUCUGCUAAAUGACUAAAAUGUAAAAAUGUAAAUGUGUACCUAUGAUGAAAAUUACAGGCCUCUCUCAUCUUUUUAAGUGGGAGAACUUGCACAAUUGGUGGCUGACUAAAUACUUUUUUCCCCCCACUGUAUACUCCAAAAAAUCCCAAAAAAGCAUUUCCACUGCAUUUCAGCCCUGCCACAAAAGGACCAGCUGCCAUCAUAUGUUAGUGAUUCUCUCGUUAACACAGGUGAGAGUGUUGACGAGGACAAGGCUGGAGAUCACUCUGUCAUGCUGAUUGAGUUAGAAUAACAGACUGGAAGCUUUAAAAGGUGGGUGGUGCUUGAAAUCAUUGUUCUUCUUCUGUUAACCAUGGUGACCUGCAAGGAAACACGUGCCGUCUUCAUUGCUUUGCACAAAAAGGGCUUCACAGGCAAGGAUAUUGCUGCUAGGAAGAUUGCACCUAAAUCAACCAUUUACCGGAUCAUCAAGAACUUCAAGGAGAGAGGUUCAAUUGUGUGAAGAAGGCGUCAGGGCGCCCAAGAAAGUCCAGCAAGCACCAGGACCGUCUCCUAAAGUUGAUUCAGCUGUGGGAUCGGGGCACCACCAGUGCAGAGCUUGCUCAGGAAUGGCAGCAGGCAGGUGUGAGUGCAUCUGCACGCACAGUGAGGCGAAUACUUUUGGAGGAUGGCCUGGUGUCAAGAAGGGCAGCGAGGAAGCCACUUCUCUCCAGGAAAAACAUCAGAGACAGACUGAUAUUCUGCAAAAGGUACAGGGAUUGGACUGCUGAGGACUGGGGUAAAGUCAUUUUCUCUGAUGAAUCCCCUUUCCGAUUAUUUGGGGCAUCCGGAAAACACCUUGUCCAGAGAAGACAAGGUGAGCGCUACCAUCAGUCCUGUGUCAUGCCAACAGUAAAGCAUCCUGAGACCAUUCAUGUGUGGGGUUGCUUCUCAGCCAAGGGAGUGGGCUCACUCACAAUUUUGCCUUAAGAACACAGCCAUGAAUAAAGAAUGGUACCAACACAUCCUCCGAGAGCAACUUCUCCCAACCAUCCAAGAACAGUUUGGUGACGACCAAUGCCUUUUCCAGCAUGAUGGAGCACCUUGCCAUAAGGCAAAAGUGAUAACAAAGUGGCUCGGGGAACAAAACAUCAAAAUUAUGGGUCCAUGGACAGGAAACUCCCCAGACCUUAAUCCCAUUAAGAACUUGUGGUCAAUCCUCAAGAGGCGGGUGGACAAACAAAAACCCACAAAUUCGGACAAACUCCAAGCAUUGAUUAUGCAAGAAUGGGCUGCCAUAAGUCAGGAUGUGGCCCAGAAGUUAAUUGACAGCAUGCCAGGGUGGAUUGCAGAGGUCUUGAAAAAGAAGGGUCAACACUGCAAAUAUUGACUCUUUGCAUAAACUUAAUGUAAUUGUCAAUAAAAGCCUUUCACACUUAUGGAAUGCUUGUAAUUAUACUUCAGUAUACCAUAGUAACAUCUGACAAAAAUAUAUCAUAACACUGAAGCAGCGAACUUUGUGAAGACCAAUACUUGUGUCAUUCUCAAAACUUUUGACCACGACUGUAGUGCACUACUUUGGACCAGAGCCCUACAGGCCCAUAUGGGGGCGCCAUUUCAGACCAGACCUGGGCAGAAAUUAGUUGUAUUUUGUAGUUUAUUUGAAAAUACCAACUUUUGAAAUACUCAAGGUAGUCUAAUGAAGUUUAUAUAGAGUUUACACUAAAAGGCAACCAUUUUGUUUGAUAUUCAAAUACAGGUCUCAGAAAAAGUAUUUUGAAUACCUCUCAGAAAUCCAAACAAUAUUUGAAGGUAAGAGUUCAGGUGGGCCUUGGAGCUUCAGCAACCAAAGGAAAGCAGGAGUGCACAACAACAAUGACAACAAUCAUGAGAAGGGCUGACCAAAAAAAAACUUCCAAGAGGACUAAUUGGAGGCAGAAAGGAGUUCGAGCACUCAACAAAAAAGUCAGAGAUUUAUUUAUUUUAGCUCGCUUUAAUCCAUUGUACAGGAUGACAACAGGUGUCUGACAUUUCGACGUCAAGCUGACGUCUUCCUCAGAGUGCUCCAACUCCUUUCUGCCUCGAAUUAGUCCUUUUUUUGAAGUUUUUCUUGGAAAGCCCUCAUCAAUAUUUGAAGGUGUUUUCAGAAAGUAUUCAUACUCCUUGACGUAUUCCACAUUUUGUUGUGCUACAGUGUGAAUUGAAAAAUGCAUUAAAUUGAUUUUUCUUCUCACCAAUUUACACACAAUAACCCCAUAAUGACAAAGUGAAAACGUUAGAUUUUUUUGUGCACAUUUAUUGAAAAUGAAAUACAGAAAUAUCUUCUUUACAUAAGUAUUCAAAUCCCUAAGUCAAUACUUUGUAGAAGCACCUUUGGCAGUGAUUACAGCUGUGAGUCUUUGUGUGUAUGUCUCUAAGAGCUUUCUACACCUGGAUUGUGCAACAUUUGUCCAUUAUUCCUAUCAAAAUGUCAAGCUCUGUCAAAUUGGUUGUUGAUCAUUGCUAGACAACCAUUUUCAGGUCUUGCCAUAGAUUUUCAAGUAGAUUUAAGUCAAAACUGUAACUCGGCCACUCAGGAGCAUUCACUGUCUUCUUGGUAAGCAACUCCAGUGUAGAUUUGGCCUUGUGUUUUAGGUUAUUGUCCUGCUGAAAGGUGAAUUCAUCUCCCAGUGUCUAUUGGAAAGCAGACUGAACCAGGUUUUCCUCUAGGAUUUUGCCUGUGCUUAGCUCCAUUCCAUGUAUUUUUUAUCCUGAUAAACUUCCCAGUCCUUAACAAUUACAAGCAUACCUAUAACAUGAUGCAGCCACCACUAUGCUUGAAAAUAUGGAGAGUGGUAUUCAGUAAUGUGUUGUGUUGGAUUUGCCCCAAAUAUAACAUUUUGUAUUCUUGACAAAAAGUUCAUUGCUUUGCCACAUUUUUUGCAGUAUUACUUCAGUGCCUUGUUGGAAACAGGCUGUUUUGGAAUAUGUUUAUUCUGUACAGACUUCCUUCUUUUCACUCUGUCGUUUAGGUUAUUAUUGUGGAGUAACUACAAUGUUGUUGGUCCAUCCUCAGUUUUCUCCUAUAACAGCCAUUAAACUCUGUAACUGUUUUAAAGUCACCAUUGGCCUCAUGGUGAAAUCCUUGAGAGAUUUCCUUCCUCUCCAGCAACUGAGUUAAGAAGGACGCCUGUAUCUUUGUAGCGACUGGGUGUAUUGAUACACCAUCCGAAGUGUAAUUAAUAAUUUCACCAUGCUCAAAAUGAUAUUUAAUGUCUGCUUUUUUUUUUUACCCAUCUAUAAAUAGAUGCACUUCUUUGUGAGGCAUUAGAAAACGUCCCUGGUCUUUGUGGUAGAAUCUGUGUUUGAAAUUCACAGCUCGACUGAGGGACCUUACAGAUAGUUGUUUGUGUGGGGUACAGAGAUGAGGUAGUCAUUAAAUAAUCAUGUAAACACUAUUAUUGCACACGGAAUGAGUCCAUGCAACUUAUGUGACUUGUUAAGUGACUUAUGUGACUUUACUCCUGAACUUAUUUAGCUUGCCAUAACAAAGGGGUUGAAUACUUAUUGACUCAAGACAUUUCAGCUUUUCAUUUUAAAUUAAUUUGAAAAAAUCAAAAGUAUUAUUCCUCUUUGACAUUAUGGGGUAUUGUGUGUGUGUGUAGGCCAGUGACAAAAUAAAUUCAGGUUCUUAGAUAUGAAUCUUAAUAUAGCGUAUAGCCUAUAAUUAAAUACAAGGGACAUGGAAUCCCCUCAACAUUAAAGUAGACCACUUUUGCAGCAUCAAAAUGACUAACAAAUAUAUUUUCAUAAUGAGUGAGACAUAAGGUAAUACAGUAAACCUUGACAUCAAGUUCUUAUACAUGUGUAGUAACUUUGAUUAUUACAAUAGCAACAUUGUUUUUACAUAGAAUUUUGGAAAUUACUUUAUAAUUGCAUAAUAAUAGUUAUUACAUAAGUGGAAUAAGGAACAGUCACUAUUUCUCUUGUGUAAAGUAGUUACAAAAACUCUCCGCUCAUUGCUAUGCGAUUAAAAUGCAAUUACCAAAGUAUUAUGUAACAACAUGCUAAUAAAAUGUUGCUUCAAAAGUAAUUGCAGUUUUUUACACAGGCACAAGAACAGUUUAAUGUUAAGUGUUACUGAGAAUGCUAACAGUAACAAAAUAUGUCUAUUAAGUGUCGAAAGGAAACAAAAUAUCCCAAAACUGCAUUCUUGAAUCAACUACAGCCAAAGUAGGUGGAAAAUGAUGUUAGUUUGUAUUCUGAGUAAACUAUCUCAUUAAAGAUCACUUCCCCUCACAUUUACCUUGUUAACACUUACCCUCAGAUCACUGUUUUAGCCAGCUACCACCCGGCACUCUACCCUGCAUCUUAGGGACUGCUGCCCGAUGUACAUACAGUGGGGAAAAAAAGUAUUUAGUCAGCCGCCAAUUGUGCAAGUUCUCCCACUUAAAAAGAUGAGGGAGGCCUGUAAUUUCCAUCAUAGGUACACGUCAACUAUGACAAACAAAAUGAGAAAAAAUAUCCUGAAAAUCACAUUGUAGGAUUUUUUAUGAAUUGAUUUGCAAAUUAUGGUGGAAAAUAAGUAUUUGGUCAAUAACAAAAGUUUCUCAAUACUUUGUUAUAUACACUUUGUUGGCAAUGACACAGGUCAAACGUUUUCUGUAAGUCUUCACAAGGUUUUCACACACUGUUGCUGGUAUUUUGGCCCAUUCCUCCAUGCAGAUCUCCUCUAGAGCAGUGAUGUUUUGGGGCUGUCGCUGGGCAACACGGACUUUCAACUCCCUCCAAAGAUUUUCUAUGGGGUUGAGAUCUGGAGACUGGCUAGGCCACUCCAGGACCUUGAAAUGCUUCUUACGAAGCCACUCCUUCGUUGCCCGGGCGGUGUGUUUGGGAUCAUUGUCAUGCUGAAAGACCCAGCCACGUUUCAUCUUCAAUGUCCUUGCUGAUGGAAGGAGGCUUUCACUCAAAAUCUCACGAUACAUGGCCCCAUUCAUUCUUUCCUUUACACGGAUCAGUCGUCCUGGUCCCUUUGCAGAAAAACAUCCCCAAAGCAUGAUGUUUCCACCCCCAUGCUUCACAGUAGGUAUGGUGUUCUUUGGAUGCAACUCAGCAUUCUUUGUCCUCCAAACACGACGAGUUGAGUUUUUACCAAAAAGUUCUAUUUUGGUUUCAUCUGACCAUAUGACAUUCUCCCAAUCCUCUUCUGGAUCAUCCAAAUGCACUCUAGCAAACUUCAGACGGGCCUGGACAUGUACUGGCUUAAGCAGGUAGACACGUCUGGCACUGCAGGAUUUGAGUCCCUGGCGGCGUAGUGUGUUACUGAUGGUAGGCUUUGUUACUUUGGUCCCAGCUCUCUGCCGGUCAUUCACUAGGUCCCCCCGUGUGGUUCUGGGAUUUUUGCUCACCGUUCUUGUGAUCAUUUUGACCCCACGGGGUGAGAUCUUGCGUGGAGCCCCAGAUCGAGGGAGAUUAUCAGUGGUCUUGUAUGUUUUCCAUUUCCUAAUAAUUGCUCCCACAGUUGAUUUCUUCAAACCAAGCUGCUUAUCUAUUGCAGAUUCAGUCUUCCCAGCCUGGUGCAGGUCUACAAUGUUGUUUCUGGUGUCCUUUGACAGCUCUUUGGUCUUGGCCAUAGUGGAGUUUGGAGUGUGACUGUUUGAGGUUGUGGACAGGUGUCUUUUAUACAUUUACAUUUACAUUUUACAUUUUAGUCAUUUAGCAGACGCUCUUAUCCAGAGCGACUUACAGGAGCAAUUAGGGUUAAGUGCCUUGCUCAAGGGCACAUUUACGUCAUUUAGCAGACGCUCUUAUCCAGAGCGACUCACAAAUUGGUGCGUUCACCCUAUAGCCAGUGGGAUAACCACUUUACAAUUUUUUUUUUGGGGGGGGGGGGGGUAGAAGGAUUACUUUAUCCUAUCCCAGGUAUUCCUUAAAGAGGUGGGGUUUCAAAUGUCUCCGGAAGGUGGUGAGUGACUCCGCUGUCCUGGCGUCGUGAGGGAGCUUGUUCCACCAUUGGGGUGCCAGAGCAGCGAACAGUUUUGACUGGGCUGAGCGGGAACUAUGCUUCCGCAGAGGAAGGGGAGCCAGCAGGCCAGAGGUGGAUGAACGCAAUGCCCUCGUUUGGGUGUAGGGACUGAUCAGAGCCCGAAGGUACAGAGGUGCCGUUCCCCUCACUGCUCCAUAGGCAAGCACCAUGGUCUUGUAGCGGAUGCGAGCUUCAACUGGAAGCCAGUGGAGUGUGCGGAGGAGGGGGGUGACGUGAGAGAACUUGGGAAGGUUGAACACCAGACGGGCUGCGGCAUUCUGGAUGAGUUGUAGGGGUUUAAUGGCACAGGCAGGGAGGCCAGCCAACAGCGAGUUGCAGUAGUCCAGACGGGAGAUGACAAGUGCCUGGAUUAGGACCUGUGCCGCUUCCUGUGUAAGGCAGGGUCGUACUCUCCGGAUGUUGUAGAGCAUGAACCUGCAGGAGCGGGUCACCGCCUUGAUGUUGGCGGAGAACGACAGGGUGUUGUCCAGGGUCACGCCUAGGCUCUUCGCACUCUGGAAGGAGGACACAGCGGAGUUGUCAACCGUGAUGGCGAGAUCAUGGAACGGGCAGUCCUUCCCCGGGAGGAAGAGCAGCUCCGUCUUGCCAGGGUUCAGCUUGAGGUGGUGAUCCGUCAUCCAUACUGAUAUGUCUGCCAGACAUGCAGAGAUGCGAUUCGCCACCUGGUUAUCAGAAGGGGGAAAGGAGAAGAUUAGUUGUGUAUCGUCAGCGUAGCAAUGAUAGGAGAGGCCAUGUGAGGAUAUGACAGAGCCAAGUGACUUGGUGUAUAGGGAGAAAAGGAGAGGGCCUAGAACUGAGCCCUGGGGGACACCGGUGGUGAGAGCACGUGGUGCGGAGACAGCUUCUCGCCACGCCACUUGGUAGGAGCGACCGGUCAGGUAGGACGCAAUCCAGGAGUGAGCCGCGCCGGAGAUGCCCAGCUCGGAGAGGGUGGAGAGGAGGAUCUGAUGGUUCACAGUAUCAAAGGCAGCAGACAGGUCUAGAAGGACAAGAGCAGAGGAGAGAGAGUUAGCUUUAGCAGUGCGGAGAGCCUCCGUGACACAGACAAGAGCAGUCUCAGUUGAAUGACCAGUCCUGAAACCUGACUGGUUUGGAUCAAGAAGGUCAUUCUGAGAGAGAUAGCAAGAGAGUUGGCUAAAGACGGCACGCUCAAUAGUUUUGGAAAGAAAAGAAAGAAGGGAUACUGGUCUGUAGUUGUUGACAUCAGUGGGAUCGAGUGUUGGUUUUUUGAGAAGGGGAGCAACUCUCGCUCUCUUGAAGACGGAAGGGACAUGGCCAGCGGUCAAGGAUGAGUUGAUCAGCGAGGUGAGGUAGGGGAGAAGGUCACCGGAGAUGGUCUGGAGAAGAGAGGAGGGGAUGGGGUCAAGCGGGCAGGUUGUUGGGCGGCCUGCAGUCACAAGUCGCAGGAUUUUAUCUGGAGAGAGAGGGGAGAAAGAAGUCAAAGCAUAGGGUAGGGCAGUGUGAGUAGGACCAGCAGUGUCAUUAGACUUAACAAACGAGGAUCGAAUGUCGUCAACCUUCUUUUCAAAGUGGUUGACGAAGUCAUCCACAGAGAGAGAGGAGGGGGGGGGGGGGGGGGGGGGGAUUCAGCAGAGAGGAAAAUGUGGCAAAGAGCUUCCUAGGGUUAGAGGCAGAUGCUUGGAAUUUAGAGUGGUAGAAAGUGGCCUUAGCAGCAGAAACAGAUGAAGAAAAUGUAGAGAGGAGGGAGUGAAAAGAUGCCAGGUCGGCAGGGAGUUUAGUUUUCUUCCAUUAUACUGAUAACAAGUUGCCAUUAAUACAGGUAACGAGUGGAGGACAAAGGAGCCUCAUAAAGAAGAAGUUACAGGUCUGUGAGAGCCAGAAAUCUUGCUUGUUUGUAGGUGACCAAAUACUUAUUUUCCACCAUAAUUUGCAAAUAAAUUCAUUAAAAAUCCUACAAUGUGAUUUUCUGGAUUUUUUUUUCUCAAUUUGUAUAAUAUAUAUAUAUAUAAUAUAAUAUAUAAUAUAAUAUAAUAUAAUAUAAUAUAUAAUAUGCCAUUUAGCAGACGCUUUUAUCCAAAGCGACUUACAGUCAUGCGUGCAUACAUUUUUUUUUUGUGUAUGGGUGGUCCCGGGGAUCGAACCCACUACCUUAGCGUUACAAGCGCCGUGCUCUACCAGCUGAGCUACAGAGGACCACAUUUGUCUGUCAUAGUUGACGUGUACCUAUGAUGAAAAUUACAGGCCUCUCUCAUCUUUUUAAGUGGGAGAACUUGCACAAUUGGUGGCUGACUAAAUACUUUUUUUCCCCACUGUAGUCAUCGAACACUGGUCACAUUAAUAAUGUUUACAUACUGUUUCAUCCACUUCAUACAGCUGAGUGUAGAAAACAUUAGGAACAACUGCUCCUUCCAUGCAAUAGAAUGACAAGGUGAAAGCUAUGAUCCCUUAUUGAUGUCACCUGUUAAAUAUAAUUAAAUCAGUGGAGAUUAAGGGGGGGGACAGGUUAAAGAAGGAUUUUUAAGCCUCGAGACAAUUGAGACAUGGAUUGUGUAUGUGUGCCAUUCAGAGGAUGAAUGGGCAAGACAAAAAGUUUGAAGUACCUUUGAACGGGGCAUGUUUGUAGGUGCCAGGUGCACCGGUUUGAGUGUGUAAAGAACUUCAACACUACUGGGUUUUUCACGCUCAACAGUUUCCUGUGUGUAUCAAGAAUGGUCCACCAACCAAAGGACAUCCAGCCAACUUGACACAACUGUGGGAAGCAUUGGAGUCAACAUGGGCCAGCAUCCCUGUAGAAUGCUUUCGACACCUUGUAGAUUCCAUGCCCCGACGAAUUGAGGCUGUUCUGAGGGCAAAAGGGUGUGCAACUCAAUAUUAGGAAAGUGUUCCCAAUGUUUUGUACACUCGGUGGCUAUGUAGAUACUGUAUUCUAGUCAUGGCUCAUCCUAUAUAACAUUGUAUUUUUCUGGAUUAUGUGUGUAUUGUUUUAUAUUGCUAGAUAUUACUGCACUAUUGGAGCUAGAAACACAAGUAUUUCACUGCACCUGCGAUAACACCUUCAAAUCUGUGUAUGCAACCAAUAAACUCUGAUUUAAUUUUAGGUUUGAAGUUGUUUUUGCUAAGCAUCCAACUUGUUGUUUACAAUGUUUGCAUAAUGGCUUUGAAUUACUCUGCAGUAUUUUCAGGUAUCAUAACAUUUACUGCAGCUUUCAAACUUUUCCGUGGCAUGUUGAAAGAGUCGUACAGUAGUGUCACAACUUCUUUAUUUAAAAAAACGAGUUACUUUCUGAGAUCUGUAUUCAAAUCGUUUUUAAAAGUAGUCAUUUGUUGGGUUCUGUAUUUAAAUAGUUUUUUUAAGUAGUCAUUUGUUGGGAUCUUUAUUCAAAUAGUUUUUAAAAGUAGUCAUUUGUUGGGAUCUUUAUUCAAAUAGUUUUUAAAAGUAGUCAUUUGUUGGGAUCUUUAUUCAAAUAGUUUUUAAAAGUAGUCAUUGGUUGGGAUCUGUAUUCAAAUAGUUUUUAAAAGUAGUCAUUGGUUGGGAUCUGUAUUCAAAUAGUUUUUAAAAGUAGUCAUUGGUUGGGAUCUGUAUUGAAAGUAACUAUUUGUUCCCCCGGAAUCAGCUAUAGAAGUAGUAGCAGAGUUAAAACUCUAGUUAUCCAGGUCUGUUUGAAACGCAGUCCUGGUCAUAUUGUCUCUGGGCCUGUGGCUGGUUUGGGGAUCAGCCUUCCCUUCUCGCUGUGUCUCUCCAGCCCUCCGGGGACAGUGUGCAACAUCACUCACUCUCUGUCGUAGACUCAACACGUUUAAAUACUUGGGGGAGUGUGUGUGUGGGGCACUAGGCCGCAACCACAGUUUUGGUUUGAGACCCUGACCUUGACUGUUUGAGUUUGUUGUCUUUUUACACAAAGAAAGCUGAAUGAACAUUUUUCAAGACCAAGGGGUUCGAAAGGGACCUAAUAACUAUAAUAAUAAUACAGAGAAAAACCCCUGAUCAUCAUUUUGAUGUAGAAGUAGGACAGUAGUAGGUUUUAACCCUGGUCAUUUCUCCUCUCAUCCACUCCUUACCUCUCUUUUGAGUUUUGAACGAGACCCCCUGAUUUAUCCCCCCCCCCCCCCACAACCCCAAACCUUCCUUCCCCGGCCCUGGGUCUAAUCCCCAACCCAGCUGUGGGGUCCCCCCAGGGCCUUAAAUCAGAGCCCCUAAAUCCUUACCUGGACAGCCCCCUGAAAGUACUCUCCCCUCAGGCAGGAUUCAGGAAGGCUGGGGGUGGAUGGGGUGGAAGUGGGGGAUGGAGCCUGGGGGCAACAUGAUCCCUGAGCUAGCCCUUUGAGUGAAUCACACCAUCAGAGAGAAAGAGAGCUAGUUCCCCUGUCUUCUUAAACACACAGUGCAUCUUUCAUUCCCAGGAAAGCAGACAGACUCUCUCUGUCUGAACUCUGUCAAGGUGUCUUCUUUGUGGAGGUGUGUUCUCUGUUAGGUGAUGCUAGCGAACUCCACUCUCUGCGCUGGGCUAGCGGUCCAAGUCCCUGCAGGGUAAGUGAUCCCUAUUGCUCUGAUUGAUUCUUAAUGUUUUGUGUGGAGGGGCUUACAGGAACAGGAAGCAGGUUUAUGACGGCCCUGCUCUGUUUGUUUGUUUUUGUUUUGUCCUGUGCUUCCUCCUGUCCGCUGGUCUUCCUUGGACCAGGGCCCAGGGUUGGUGCACAGGGAGGGGAGAGAGGGGGGGUGCCCACGGGACCUGGAGCUGGGUGUCAAUUACCGGUGAGUGCCCACGGGACCUGGAGCUGGGUGUCAAUUACCGGUGAGUGCCCACGGGACCUGGAGCGGAUCACUGCAAAUGAAGCAUGUGUUUGUUGGACAGCAGCUCUUUCGCUGGAAUGAAAUGAAGUGAAUGUGAGCAUGGAGCAGGACAAUUCCCCUGUUUAGCCAGCUAGCACCAGACUAGGUCACACAGUGUCCGGAAUGGCACCCUAUUCCCUAUAUAGUGCACUUCUUUUGCAAAAGUAGUGCGCUAUAUAGGGAAUAGGGUGCCAUUUCAGACACAGCUUUAGGUUAUUAUUUAGCUCUACUUUGGAGGCAAGUUCAUCUUACUCAUCUUUGUACCAGGCACCACAUCUGUGAGUGAGUCCCUACCGGUCGUGUGUGUGUGUGUGUGUAUGUGUGUGUGGGUUGGUUCUUCUAUCCUUGUGGGGACCUGAAAUCCCCCAAUGCCCCCACAAGGAUAGUUAAAACAACGAAAAUUAUAUUUUAAGCUAAGGUUUAGGGUUACGGUUACAAUUAGGGUUAGGGGUUAGGGUUUAGACUGGUUAGGGAAAAUAGGAUUUUGAAUUGAAAUCAAUUUUAGAUCCUCACGAGGAUAGAAGUGUGCGUGUGCGUGCGUGUGCGUGCCCGGUCGUGACCCCACACAGUUUAAGAAGACUCCAAUAAAGAGGGACGGGUUAACAGGGUAAUGAUGGGGUACUCUUAGAUACAAUAACCCCUCAUUUAUUCAUUACUAGACUUCUCAUAUACCUAGGGUUCUCAUGAAAAAGCACUCUCCAGAGAUUGUGUUACUGUAUUUGUCAUAAGAAGAUAUUUCUUCAGUAUGAUUGAGUUAUGGUUUUACUGUCUUAUCAUGUUGAAUGUUUAUUCAUAAGGGGUUUGGCAGAUUUACACUGAACAAAAAUAUAAACGCAACAUGUAAAGUGUUGGUCCCAUGUUUCAUGAGCUGAAAUAAAAGAUCACCAAAAUGUUCCAUAUGCACAAAAAGCUUCUUUCUCUCAAAUGUUGUGCACAAAUUUGUUCCAUCCCUGUUAGUGAGCAUUUCUCCUUUGCCAAGAUAAUCCACCUGACAGGUGUGGCAUAUCAAGAAGCUGAUUAAACAGCAUGAUCAUUACACAGGUGCACCUUGUGCUGAGGACAAUAAAAGGCCACUCUAAAAUGUGCAGUUUUGUCACACAACACAAUGCCACAGAUGUCUCAAGUUUUGAGGGAGUGUGCAAUUGGCAUGCUGACUGCAGGAAUGUCAUCCAGAGCUGUUGCCAGAGAUUUGAAUGUUCAUUUCUCUACCAUAAGCCGCCUCCAACGUCGUUUUAGAGAACAAGUUUUGGCAGUACGUCCAACUGGCCUCACAACCGCAGACCACGUGUAACCAUGCCACCCCAGGACCUCCACAUCCGGCUCCUUCAUCUGCGGGAUCGUCUGAGACCAGCCACCCUGACAGCUAAUGAAACUGAGGAGUAUUUCUGUCUGUAAUAAAGCCCUUUUGUGGGGGAAAUAAUCAUUCUGAAUGGCUGGGCCUGGCUCCCCAGUGGGUGAGCCUAUGCCCUCCCAGGCCCAGUCAAGUGAAAUCCAUAGAUUAGGGCCUAAUGAAUUUAUAUCAAUUGACUGAUUUACUGUAACUCAGUAACAUCGUUGAAAUUGUUGCAUGUUGUGUUUAUAUUUUUGUUCAGUAUAAAAUAUAUCUCAACGGCAUCUCUUUCUACAGCUGUGUGUAGUAUGUAGGAGAAUAUAAUAUUCAUUUUAUUCAUAAUUUAUAAUAAUGUAUAAUAUAAUAUUAGCAUGGUAAACUGGGGGUACUUACAUUGUGACAGUCCAAUUUAUGAUCUUGGGUAACAUUUGAACAUUAUAUUUAGAGUAUUUGGUUAUUUACAUUCCUAUCAUUGAACAGACUGAAGCCACAUGUGAAGCAAUAACCAAACACAUAGCUCUCCCACGCGUUGCAACUAAAACUGUGUUCAAUUUCAAACCACCCAAAAACUCAAAACAAUAAAUCAUCAUGAGAUUGAAGAAGAAGAAAAAAAUAUCUCAACAAUUAUAUGCGUUUAAAAUGGCUCUAAAACUCUGAGAAAUCUAACACCUGAUGUAGGGACUAAACUAAAUACAAUUCAUAUUGAAUGCAAUCAAUCUGGCCGCCAUAAGAGGUGGGCGCGAUGGCGCUGUAGUGCGCAUGACUCUAGGUUGGGGGGAGCGUUCCAGAGGGCCUGUAUCAUACUGGAGGAGGUCCAGUUCAAGGAUAACGUGCUAAAUGGGAGACAGAUGCUGUCUGUGCUAGUGGCCUUUCUCAGACUGGCCCUCUGAAUAGUCUACACAGGUACAGCAGGACCACAGGCUGAGAGGGCCCGCUCUGAAAACAGCGAUAUUGUCGUGUCAUCGAUGUGAAAUGGGUUCAAGCCUGUCAUGAGAGAAAGUGCAGUUUCCUGAGUUUGAGUUUUACUGUAAGAGAAAGUGCAGGUCCCAUGUCUGGGAAUGCCUUCAACAAGAUCUGACGGUAACACGUUGCUUUACAGUAUUGGUUCCCAAACUAGAGGUUGGGGGGUCGCGGGAGAAAUUCCUAAAUAAAAUAAAAAUAAAAAAUGAUAUUACCGGUCGCAAUUGAUAUGGUGAAAACAAAGAGCUCAGCACAGAACUCGGAGACAUACUGCAGCAGGUAACUUCGACUGUAAACUACAUCAAAUUACAUCCACUGCGUGCACGCCUGUUCACAAAACUAUGUGCAGAUCGGAUCAGAGCAUGAAAAGGUUUUAUAUCAUACCGAGGCUUGGUGGUUAUCAAGGGGGAGUGUUGGAAAGAUUUUUCGCAUUGAGAGAGAAACUGUUGUCAUUCACAAUGAAUGUAAAAAAAAUAAUUAAAAAAAAAAAUACUUGGUUGACGUUCUGUGUAAUGAAAAGAAAACGUGUCUCCUUGCCUAUGUAACAGACAUAUAUUGGAAACUGAGCGAACCGAACGCAAGCAUGCAGGGGAAAUACAAAAACAUUCUACAAAUAAUUAUUAUUGGUGUCUUUCAAAAGUUAACCAUGCCCCCUUCCCUCGGCUGUUCAUGUUUCUAACAGAAAACAGCAUCAGUAAAUGUCCCACAUGAGCGAUGACUGCUCACCUCCAACGCUUGGAAGAGCACUUUGGGACCUACUUCCCAAUCCGUUUGACUGUGAUCCUGGCUCAGUUGACAUACCGGUAACUGAAAUGGAACAGCUGAUCGAGCUGUCAUGUGACCGAAUGCAUUCACAGGUCACUACGGAGGAGUUUUGGUUCCUGACUCAAAGGGAAUACAUACCCUUCCGUCUCCCUCUGAGCAUUAAUGCCGCGUUCAAAACAACUGAGAACUGAAAAAUCUCUGACUUCAGUGCAUUCAAGACAACUGGGAACUCGAAAGAAAACGAGCGCCGACUGGAAAAAAUAUUUUUCAACGGUCAUCCAACUCGGAAUUCCAACUCGGACCUCUUUCUAGAGCGCCGACACUCCGACGUGAAGAUCACUGACGUCAUCAUUUGACCUCGUAUUUUUCAGAGUUCCCAAUUGUCUUGAAAGCACCUGUUACGAACCCCGUGGCUUUAAAAUGGUGGAUGGAAAAGAGACCCGUAACAUAAUUCAUGCAAAUUAGAAUCGUGACAUGGAAACAGUGAGAACAAAAAAAUACACGACAAGCAUAAGGUACCGUCAAACAGAAUAUGUUUAUUUUGAACACACGGUAAAGGUUUGGGAAAAAGGGCUGAGCAGGACCCAAGAAAUGAAACAAUAAUGUAAAAAAAAACUAAACUGAUCUUGCCUGCCUCAAGAACCGCUAAGCUACUGCUAAUCAUACAAAAAUUACAGUGGGUGGUCCGCUCAGGUCUAACUAGUGUUUUUAGACAGUUUUCUUCCUACGGGUAAUGUAUGCCCAAGGGCAACUUGCUUAAAUCCCCCUUUUCCCAGAAACACACAACAAAGUUACCAAACAGAGCAACCAGCAAAUGAGUGAGUACACAAAACACCACAGUUGUCACGUUCGUUUAAUGACGGGACAGACCAAGGCGCAGCGUGAUACAUGUUUAUUUUCUAUUAAACACAAUAACAAAACAACCAACGAAACGUGAAGUCCAAGGUAGACGACACAACAUACCUUAACCGGAACAAGAUCCCACAACUAGACAGUGCCAAUAGGCUGCUUAAGUAUGGUCCCCAAUCAGAGACAACGAGCGACAGCUGCCUCUGAUUGGGAACCACACCGGCCAACAUAGAACUAGACAUACUAGAUCCUAAACAUAGAAAAAGCACAACAAGGAAUAUACACACCCUGACUCAACAUAUAAGCGUCCCCUGAGUCAGGGCGUGACAACAGUAUCCAUACUCGCAUACGGAAAUAGUCUCUCUCAACAAACACAACUGACUGGCUUUUAAACAAUGUGAGGUGUAAGUGAAAAACCAGAAACAGGUGGUGCAAUACAGAGGAAUGUCCACUGAUUGGUCCACCUCAGCAAUCAGCAGACCAACGGAUGUCGGACAGGUGGGACACCCCAACGACCACCAAUCAGGAACAUAAAGGACACCUGUGAUUAGGGCAGAAGGAGAGGAAAAACACAAAAACACACAGGAUACCUGUAUCCGUAACAGCACCAUAAAGCUCAUGAUACCCUUGGCCAGCUCAUAUCUGUGUGAAGAUGGAUUCAGUCCUCUUGUCUGUAUUAAUACCAAAUAUCGAUCCAGGUUGGAUGUGACAGCAGAGAUGAGGUGUGCACUGUCAACCACGCCUCCUGACUUUGAGAAGCUCCGACGCAACAUGCAUCAAGCACCCAUCUCAUUAGUGGUGUUGAGAUAAGAUACAGUACAUUAUGUCAGACCAAUUUGCAAUUGACUUUCAUAGCCAGACAUUAAAAGUAUGUGAUGGUGAGUUGAGACGACAAUCAGAAAUACUGUUAAAAUCUUUUUGAAUUGACUGCCAUAGCCCCAAAUAAAAAAGUAAACAUUGGCUGUUAAUGACAUUUUUGAGAAUUUUCAGAUAUCAAAAUAGGGUUGUGUGCCAAACAAGUUUGGGAAUCCCUGCUUUACAAUGUUCUUAUUACUGUGUUCAUAUUAUAAGUACAGUAUAAUAAGUUAGUCAUUACAGUGUAUUAACAAUAAGUACACCAAAUUGAUAAUUCUAUCUGGGGAAUAGACAUGAUCAUGGGCACUAGGCUUGGACCUGGUCUAGAGGCGGUUCUGGAUCUGGGGACCUGUUGUGUUCCAGACAGGGUCUGACCUUGUUUGGUCUGGGCUGUAAGGGAUAUCCAGCAGACAGCCAGCCCAACCUCUCCCAGCCUCUCCCCAGGCCCAGCCUCUCCCCAGGCCCAGGCUCACCCCAGGCUCUUUCCAGGCCCAGCCUCUCCCCAGGCCCAGCCUCUCCCCAGGCCCAGGCUCACCCCAGGCUCUCCCCAGGCUCUCUCCAGGCCCAGCCUCUCCUCAGGCCCAGCCUCUCCACAGCCUCUCCCCAGGCCCAGGCUCACCCCAGGCUCUCCACAGGCUCUCUCCAGGCCCAGCCUCUCCUCAGGCCCAGCCGCUACCCAGGCCCAGCCGCUACCCAGGCCCAGCCUCUCCUCAGGCCCAGCCGCUACCCAGGCCCAGCCUCUCCCCAGGCCCAACCCCUCCCCAACUUCCCUCCAGACUCUCCCUGA